CGUAACUUUCGUUGACGUGACCUCACCUGAUUCGCCCAAGCGGCAUUUAACGCUCAGAAUGGCGCCUGGAGUUGACAUGAGCGACAAGAAUGCAUGGGACGAUUCAUUUCUGCAAGAUUCCUGGAAUGACGCUGUGGCCGAAUAUGAAAAGUACCAUAGCAUCGCCAAAUCCGGCAAGCGCUUGGAAGACGUCUUGAACGAGGAAGAGCUGAAAGAGCUGCGCGAGGAUCAUGGCGAUCUGAUAGGUGAGGUAGAGGCAACUGCUGGAGUCUUGGCCGAUGCGAACGACAACUCGGAUCAGAUGGAUACCGAGGACUCAGUGCAAGAGACGAAGGACGUCGAGCAAACUGACAUGGCAGGAGAUCAACUGCAGGAAACAACAGCAUCCGAAGAGCUAGACCAACCCAAGUCAGGCAAUGCAGGAACCACAGCGCCACACGAUAACGUCUUCGCCGCAAUGCCUCAGGCUCUAUUGGCCACAGUUCAAGACGAGAACCUCAAGAACAUUAUGAUGUCGUGGUAUUACGCAGGGUACUAUACUGGCCUGCAUGCAGGACAGCAGCUUCCGAAAGAUGCUCCACCAAGGCAGUGAA